AUGUCCCCAGCACGAGGCCGCGCAGCAUGUAAGACCUGCCGAUCGCGAAAGCAAAAGUGUGAUGGGAUCAGGCCAGCAUGCUCAAGAUGUCGAAGCCUUGGCUUGCAGUGUACUUGGCCAACAGUCCUGAAGCGGGGUCCGCCCAAGGGGUAUACGAAAGCUUUAGAAGCGCGGCUUGCGGAGACUGAACUGGUUCUGAUACGGCUACUGCAUGCAACAAAUGACGAGGGCUUGCUAGCUCGUGCCUUUGAUGGGGACACCCAAAAGCGAGCUCAUAAGCGAUUUGGCGAGCGAAACACCGAGCUUAAGUCAUCGGUUAUAGGCGAACAUAAAAUGCUAGCCCUAAUGGACCAUUGGGAGCGGUUCCCUUUACGGACAGCUGAUGACGUUAGGCAGUGGAUUGGGGAAGUCAGCAAGACCUCCAUGAUGCAAGGCGAGGGUACAAAUCAGUCUAAUGAGAAGACGCGGGGACUUUUGCGAGUAGAGAGCUCUUCUGGGAAUGCCGAUUAUCAACAUGAGGAUGAGGUUCAGAGCCCUGCUGGUGCUGGGGAUGAUAUGGCGGUUGGGGACCCUUACCGUGACGAUUCAGUCGAUCAAGACUCAAUAGGCCAACCACCUCAGAGGACUGAGUCGGUAGGUAACAUGCAACCAGCAUGUGAGACGCAUGCGGUGCAAGAUAUUACUACCUCUUCUAGGAUCGAACUACCAGCAGACUUCAAAGAUCAGUUUCUGUGGUAG